UUAACCUUCUGCUUCACUCCAAAGAGGACAGGAGAUUAAAUCCUGAACCACAGGACUUGGUAGACUUUUUACUUCAUAAGUAUUUUGAUUUUUGCUCUUUACCACAGGAAGAUGGCAAAUAUUUUAGUUAAAGCUGUUUUAGUCUUCUUUGUGACUGCACAGCUUUUCACAACUACCUGGGCUCAGGUAUGUCCUCGGAGAUGCCUCUGUCCUGAGGAGGUCCCUAUGUGCCUCCCCGGGGUACCCCUGGUCCUGGAUGACUGUGCAUGCUGUCUGGUUUGCGCGGGUCAAAAGGGCCAAAUCUGCUCUGAAAUGAAACCCUGUGACACACAUAAAGGGCUGCAGUGUGAUUACUCAGUGGAUGUUCACAAGAGGACUGGUAUUUGUGCAGUCAGUGUGGGUAAUGUGUGUGCUUUGGAUGGUUUAGUCUAUCAGCAUGGACAGAUCUUCUUCCCCAGCUGUAAAUACCAGUGUGUGUGCCAGAAUGGUCAGAUAGCCUGCAUUCCUCGCUGCAACCUGGAUAUCAUGCUUCCUGGGCCCGAUUGUCCAAUGCCACGCAAGGUCCAGGUGCCUGGAGAAUGCUGCGAGAAGUGGGUGUGUGAGCCCCAGGCUGAAUCCAGUGCACUGGGGGGCUUUGCCAUGGCCGCCUUUCGUCAGGAAGAGUCUGUGAGCUUUGACGGCUGGGACCCAAGGCUGAACUGCAUUGAGCAAACCACAGAGUGGGGUGCCUGCUCUGAAACAUGUGGCAUUGGGGUGUCCACCAGGGUCACAAACAAGAACGAUCGCUGUGAGAUGGUAAAACAGAGCCGCUUGUGUUUGAUCAGACCCUGUAACGAGCUGCAGGGACAGCCGACUCAGGUUGCACUAAUGCAGAGAGGCAGCAGAUGCCAGAGAGUGGUAAGGAGUGACAAAGCUGUUCACCUCUCGUAUAAGAACUGCACCAGUGUUCUGGCCUACAAACCUCGCUACUGUGGCUCCUGCACAGACGGCCGCUGCUGCACUCCUUACAGAACCAAGACCAAUUUGGUGGAGUUCCAGUGUUCAAACGGUAAAAUGAGCCGUAAGCCAGUGAUGGCGAUCCUGACCUGCGUUUGCCACACCCAUUGCCCUCGAGAUAACACUGUGUGGGAGCCAUCACAGCUCCCAUACAGUGACAUGAGACAGUGAUGAUUCUAGAUUGCAGCUGUGGACUUCAAAUUAUUGAAACACAAGUCUUUUCUCCAAAAUAUGGGCCUAACAUUAUACAGUACAGUAUUUAAUGCUGCCUAUGAUUUCUGGAAAAAAAACAACAGACUGUGGCAAAAAUAAUACUUAGGCCUGCCAGAUCAGCAGGGGGCCCCAAAGAGUGCUCAACACAGACUACAGAUGUCAAAACUUCAAAUUAAUAUUUACGCUUAUAAUAAGCUAAAUUAAAAUAAUUCAAAAUUAUUUACAGUUUCAAGGAAUUUUUAAUAAACUGAUGACUACACUAACUGUAAUGUCUGUUAUCUAGGGGUGCACCGAUUGCAGUUUUCUGGCCGAUUACCAAUCUUUAAGAAGCCUGACCUGCUGUUUGCAAUUUUCACAGAUACCUAUUUUUUAUAACUGACACUGUCAGGUGUUAUAAGGUCACAAUACACCUUCAAAGUUCCAAUCUUAUUUUAUGCAAAAACAUAAAACCAGAGAGCAAAGUGUACCGGAGUAAAAUUCCU